AUGUCCUGGGGCCCCAACGCCAGAAACCCCAACAACCUCAUGCCCAGGGGAGCCCGUGACUACGACCCCAUUGGUCCCCUCCACUACGUCUGCGGCCACCUCUGCGCAGUUGGCACCCAGCUGUUCACCAAGCCCGGCGACAAGGAUAAGGGCGAGAAGGAUAUGUUAAUCCUGCCUCCUCGUGAGUACUUGGUGGAGGUAGCCUGGCCGUGCUCGGAGUGUAAAGAUUCUCGGACCUGGGUUUGGAAGAAGGGAAAUGGGGUGAAGAAGGGGGAGUAUGUUAGGAACGAGGACUUGAUGCCUGUUGUUGGUAGUAGGGCUCCUGUUGUCGUUGCUGGGGCUGCUCGUAACGCUAUGGCUUCCUCCGUCGCUCAGAAGCUUGAGAAGGAAAAGGAGGAGGCGAAGGAGAAGGAGAAGGAGAAGGAAAAUGAGGAAAAGCAUAUGCAGCUUGCGAAGGAGAUUGAGCGGCUCGAAGAGGAAAAGAUUUGGCUUGAGAAACAGCUUGAGAAGCUUUUGUUGUUGCCCUAG